AUGUACAAUAGCCGAAGACCAACCGAUAUGGCAGACAAAGACGCCGUGGAAGAGCGAGUGAUUAACGAAGAGUACAAGAUAUGGAAGAAGAACACGCCAUUCCUGUACGAUCUGGUGAUGACACACGCGCUGGAGUGGCCGUCGCUGACCGCCCAGUGGUUGCCAGACGUGGUGCGGCCCGAAGGCAAGGACUACUCCAUACACCGCCUCAUUCUGGGCACCCAUACCAGCGACGAGCAAAACCAUCUGCUCAUCGCAUCCGUACAGUUGCCCAACGAAGACGCCAUGUUUGACGCCUCCCAUUACGACUCAGAGAAGGGCGAGUUCGGCGGCUUUGGAUCCGUUUCCGGCAAGAUUGAAAUCGAGAUCAAGAUCAACCACGAGGGAGAGGUGAAUAGGGCCCGCUUUAUGCCCCAAAACCCGUGCAUUAUCGCCACCAAAACCCCGUCGAGCGAUGUACUCAUCUUCGACUACACGAAACACCCGUCAAAGCCGGACCCGAACGGCGAGUGCGCGCCCGACCUGCGCCUCCGCGGCCACCAGAAGGAGGGCUACGGC